AUGGCAUUUCAGAAGGCAGUGAAAGGAACUGCUCUCAUUGGAGGAGGUGCCAUAGCAACAGUUUUUGGCCUCUCUCAAUUUUCUCAGUAUAGAAACAAACACGGUACCUUUGUGCGUGUUCAAGCUGCAGAAGCUGUGAGUGUUCCAAUAAAGAAUCAUUUCCCCACAAGAGAACAACAAAUUUUGGCGCUGCAAACCACCAGUGAAUUUGAUGUCCUUGUUAUAGGCGGAGGAGCAACAGGAUGUGGCUGUGCUUUAGAUGCAGUCACUAGAGGACUAAAAACAGCCCUUCUAGAAAGAGAUGAUUUCUCAUCAGGGACCAGCAGCAGGAGUACUAAAUUGAUCCAUGGUGGAGUAAGAUAUCUUCAGAAGGCCAUCAUGAAGUUGGAUUUUGAGCAGUACAAGAUGGUGAAAGAAGCACUUGAGGAGCGUGCAAAUCUGCUUGAAAUUGCUCCUCACCUCUCAGCUCCUUUGCCGAUAAUGCUACCUGUUUACAAAUGGUGGCAGCUGCCAUACUACUGGUUCGGAAUAAAACUAUAUGACCUCGUGGCUGGAAGUCAGUGUCUGAAAAGUAGUUAUGUCCUUAGCAAGUCAAGAGCCUUGGAGCUCUUUCCCAUGCUACGCAAAGACGAGCUUGUUGGAGCGAUUGUCUACUAUGACGGACAGCACAACGACGCACGGAUGAACCUCGCCAUCGCCCUCACUGCUGCCAGGUACGGCGCUGCCACGGCCAAUUAUGCUGAAGUGCUGCGCUUGCUCAAGACGACAGACCCGGCCAGCGGGAAGGAGCGCGUGUGCGGGGUGCGCUGCAGGGACGUCCUAACAGGGCAGGAAUUUGAUGUCAAAGCCAAAUGUGUUAUCAAUGCUACGGGACCUUUCACAGACUCUGUGCGCAAAAUGGAUGAUCAGGAAGUACCCAACAUCUGUCAGCCAAGCGCGGGCGUGCACAUUGUGAUGCCUGGUUAUUACAGCCCUGAUAAUAUGGGUCUGCUCGACCCAGCCACCAGCGACGGCAGGGUGAUUUUCUUCCUGCCGUGGGAGAAGAUGACUAUCGCAGGGACCACAGACAGCCCGACUGAUGUUACCUCCCACCCCAUCCCAACAGAAGAAGAUAUAAACUUCAUUUUGAAUGAAGUGCGCAACUACCUUAGCGUUGAUGUUGAAGUGAGAAGAGGAGACGUGUUGGCAGCGUGGAGUGGCAUUCGUCCUCUGGUCACAGACCCCAACUCCAAAGACACGCAGUCGAUAUCCCGGAAUCAUGUCGUCACCAUUAGCGAUAGUGGCCUUGUCACGAUAGCAGGUGGGAAGUGGACGACCUACCGUGCCAUGGCGCAGGACACCAUCGACGCAGCUAUUCAGGCGCAUGAUCUGAAGGCAGGUUCCAGUAAGACCAUUGGACUGCAGCUACAAGGGGCUGAGGACUGGAGCCCCACUCUCUACAUUAGGUUGGUUCAAGACUAUGGACUUGAAAGUGAGGUGGCUCAGCAUCUAGCUUCGACAUACGGCGACAAGGCUUUCGAGGUGGCCAAGAUAGCCCAAGUUACAGGGAAGAGAUGGCCUAUUGUUGGAAAACGGCUUGUAUCUGAAUUUCCUUAUAUUGAAGCUGAGGUUGUCUAUGGUGUUAAAGAGUAUGCCCGCACGGCAGUGGAUAUGAUUUCCCGACGUACUCGCUUGGCUUUUCUGAAUGUGCAGGCUGCAGAGGAAGCCUUGCCAAGAAUUGUAGAUAUAAUGGGGAAAGAACUUAACUGGAGUGAGCAGAAAAAAAAGGAAGAACUUGAAGCUGCUAAAAAAUUUCUCUAUUAUGAAAUGGGCUACAAAGUAAAAUCAGAUCAAUUAACAGACAGCUCUGAAAUCAGUCUACUGCCUUCCGAUAUUGAAAGGUACAAGAAGCGAUUCCACAUGUUUGACAAGGACAAGAAGGGGUUUAUUACUAUACUGGAUGUGCAGCGUGUCUUGGAGAGCAUCAGUGUGCAAAUUGCUGAAAAUACCCUCCAUGAUAUUCUAAAUGAAGUGGAUCUGAACAAAAAUGGACAGGUUGAGCUCAAUGAGUUUUUGCAGCUCAUGAGCGCUAUUCAGAAGGGGCACGUCUCUGGAAGCCGGCUGGCUGUGCUCAUGAAGACUGCCGAGGAGAACCUGCGUCAGAGGGUGGUGAUUCCGGUGGACCGGAGCGGUGGCGGACUGUGA